AACAAUAUUUUUGUGACGUAUGCAUUCUUUUUGAGCGCUUGGAAUGAGGAGGCACAACUCUUGCGCACUCGGAGAACAACAAUUGUUUGAAAAUACUGUCAUAAAAGUGUACAUUUGAGAUCUGGAUUGAGAUUAUUUGUCCACUGAUGUAGCUACAGCUGAGGAGAAGUAUGGGUGAUUUGGAGUUCGAAGUACCCCCUCUUCCCCCAAAGUAUAGAUUCAGAGACUUACUCCUCGGGGACCAGAAUUUACAAAAUGAUGACAGGGUGCAAGUAGAAUUUUACGCCAAUGAAAGUACUUUCAAAGAGAGACUUAAACUGUUCUUCAUCAAAAACCAAAGAUCAAGCCUGAGAAUACGAGUGUUCGACUUCUCAAUAAAGGUCCUGAGCUGUGUCCUAUACAUGUGUCGUGUAUUGACAGACGACCCAUCCAAAGGACAUGGCUGCUGGGGAUGCCCAAAUCAAACAUACAUAUUUUUAAUGAUUGACUGGUCUCCCAUAAUAUGGGUCGAACGAAGUCUUGGCAUAUGGGCGUUACAGGUGUCUGUGGCAGUUAUCUGUUUUUUAGAAACUAUUCUGUUGACCUACCUGAGUUACAAGGGAAACAUUUGGGAGCAGAUACUUCGGUUGACGUUCAUCCUGGAGACGGUGAACACAGUGCCUUUCCUGCUCACCAUCAUGUGGCUUCCGCUGCGGAAUCUCUUCAUCCCUGUAUUCCUGAACUGCUGGUUGGCCAAGCACGCCUUGGAGAACAUGAUCAAUGACCUGCAUCGUGCCAUCCAGCGAACACAGUCUGCCAUGUUCAACCAGGUGCUCAUCCUCAUCACUACCCUCUUCUGCCUCAUAUUCACCUGUAUCUGUGGCAUCCAGCACCUGGAGCGGGCGGGCAAGAAGCUGACGGUGUUCUACUCCUGGUACUUCUGCGUUGUGACUUUCUCCACGGUGGGCUACGGCGACGUCACGCCCAACGUGUGGCCCUCCAAGCUGCUGGUGAUCAUCAUGAUCUCUGUAGCCCUGGGGGUGCUGCCCAUACAGUUUGAGCAGCUGGCCUACCUGUGGAUGGAGAGACAGAAGUCGGGGGGGAACUACAGCCGCCACCGCGCCCAGACGGAGAAACACGUGGUCCUGUGUGUCAGCUCCCUCAAAAUAGACCUCCUGAUGGACUUCCUCAACGAGGUCUACGCCCACCCCGGGCUGCAGGACUACUACGUCAUCAUCCUGUGUCCCACAGAGAUGGACCCCCAGGUGCGCCGGGUCCUCCAGAUCCCCCUGUGGUCCCAGCGGGUCAUCUACCUCCAGGGAUCGGCCCUCAAGGACCAGGACCUCAUACGGGCCAAACUGGACAAUGCAGAGGCUUGUUUCAUCCUAAGCAGUCGCUGUGAGGUGGACCGCACCGCCGCAGACCAUCAGACCAUUUUGCGAGCUUGGGCUGUGAAGGAUUUCGCUCCAAAGUGCCCUAUUUACGUCCAGAUUCUGAAGCCAGAGAAUAAAUUCCAUGUCAAAUUUGCAGAUCAUGUAGUGUGUGAGGAGGAAUUCAAGUAUGCCAUGUUGGCCCUGAACUGCAUCUGUCCAGCGACCUCCUCCCUCAUAACCCUACUGGUCCACACUUCACAGGGCCGGGAGGGGCAGCAGUCUCCAGAGCAGUGGCACAGGACUUAUGGCAAGUGUUCCGGUAACGAGGUCUACAACAUCGCCAUGAGAGACAGCAUCUUCUUCUCAGAAUACAUGGGGAAAAGCUUCCCCUACACCUCCUUCCAUGCGCAUAAGAGGUAUGGCGUGUGUCUGAUCGGGGUGUGCCGGGAGGACAGUAAGAGCAUCCUGCUGAACCCCGGGCCCCAGUUCAGAAUGAGCCCCAAUGACAGCUGCUUCUACAUCAACAUUACUAAGGAGGAGAACACUACGUUUAAGACUCAGAGGGAGAGGAGGGGUAGCCGGCCCCGUCUGCCUGUACACAGUGUCAUCGCCAGCAUGGGCACUGUGGCCGUAGACCUCCAGGACACAGGCUGUGGGACCACUCUCUGUCUCCCCCCAGAGGACAUUAAGGGUAACAGCAGGAGGCCCAGCAUCGGCCCUGUGCUAGAGGUGCCAGACACUUCCUCUAUGCACACAGGUGACCUCUAUAGCGACCAAUCAGAGGACGAGACCCUGCCCUCCAACGAGGACCUAUCAACUGAGGGCUAUGUGAAAGGCUAUCCUCCCAACCUGCCCUACAUCGGUAGUUCUCCAACACUGUGCCAUCUAUUGAAGGAGAAAGUACCAUACUGUUGCCUCAGACUGGAAAGGGGUUGUGAGCAUAACAACUUUGAGGAUGCCAAAGCGUACAACUUUAAGAACAAGCUGAUCAUUGUGUCGGCUGAGACGGCGGGGAAUGGACUGUACAACUUCAUCGUCCCACUUAGAGCUUCCUACAGACUAAAGAAGGAGCUGAACCCCAUUGUGCUGCUACUGGAUAAUCAGCCUGACACGCAGUUCCUGGAGGCUGUCUGUGGACUCCCCAUGGUUUACUACAUGGUGGGCUCCAUCGAUAACCUGGAUGACCUCCUGCGCUGCGGCGUGUCCUUUGCAGCCAACAUGGUGGUGGUGGACAAGGAGAGCACCAUGAGUGCAGAAGAGGACUACAUGGCUGACGCCAAGACCAUCGUCAAUGUACAGACACUGUUCAGGUUGUUCCCCAGCCUCAGUAUCAUCGCAGAGCUAACUCACCCGGCCAACAUGAGGUUUAUGCAGUUCAGAGCUAAGGACUGGUACUCUCUGGCUCUCUCUAAACUGGAGAAGAAAGAGCGGGAGAAAGGUUCCAACCUGGCCUUCAUGUUCCGCCUGCCGUUCGCUGCAGGGAGGGUCUUCAGUAUCGGCAUGCUGGACACUCUCCUCUACCAGUCGUUUGUCAAAGACUAUAUUAUCUCCAUCACCAGGCUGCUGCUGGGCCUGGACACCACCCCGGGCUCUGGCUUCCUCUGCUCUAUGCAGAUCUCCGAGGAUGACCUGUGGACCCAGACGUAUGGAAGGCUCUAUCAGAAACUGUGUUCCACUGUCGGUGACAUUCCCAUCGGCAUCUACAGGACCGAGUCCCAGACAGCAGAUUCCUCUGUGGAGUCACAGCUCUCGGUGGGCGUGGAGGACUUAGACGACCCCAAGGAGCAGAGAGAUCGAGAGCUCCCCCCUGUGGCCGGAGGGCUCCACCGCAGCUCCACCUCCAGCGACCCGUCGGACGGGAAGGCUCCCCUGCUGAGGAGGAAGAGCGUGCAGUGGGCAAGGAAGCUGAGCCGGAGGGGGCCUCGGGAGAACCCGCGGGGGGCUCAGAGGGGGGGCCAGCAGGGUCUGAGGGCCAGACGCUCGGAGAGACAGGAGCUGGACGAGCUGGUCAGCAACAGGAUGAAAAGCCUUGGACUCUGGGCCACAGCUUGCGAUGACAUGAGUGAGAACCAGACCACUCACUCCCACACAUACGUGUUGAUCAACCCACCUCCUGACACCAGGCUGAAACUGAAUGACAUAGUGUAUAUCAUCCGUUCAGAUCCCCUGGGGUUCGUCCCUAAGGCUGGUGACAGCAGGGAGAGUCUGGGAAGCAACACAUGUCUUGGGGAGCACACCAAGAUGGAGACUCCUUUCUGAUCCAUACUUACACACAACCUGCCUAUACUGUUGUGCUGGGGUUGGUUAAAGAGAUAGUUCACUUUUUGCACCGCUAACUGAUACAAUCGGUUUCCACUAGCAUUGCUACAAUACCAUAGGUACCUUGAAAAUAAGCGAAAACUUCAAAAAGACGAACUAUCCCUUUAAUGCCGUAAUUAUGUUUUACAUCCUACAGUUCACAUUGCAUUGUGCAAAGCAUGAGGGGGGUGAUACAGAAUGUAUCACCCCAUACUGUAUCUGCUGUUCAAUUGACACUGAUGUCUUAAACUCGAUCUCUCUCUUUCACAAUGUGGCCUUUCCAGAGGAUAUACUCAAUGUAGGAACUCAGGGGUGGGGGGCAAAAUGAACAGUUUAGGUUGCUCUGCAAAGUCCACCUCUGUUCUUAGUAUGCAGUGUACUCCAUGGUAUCAUAAGUACUGUCUAUUUAUUCAUUUGUAGAAUAGUAUGUCAAUCAUGCAUUGCUUCUAUACUCAUCUGUUGAAUGUUUGUUGUCAUGAAUAUUGACUGUCAUAAAUGAUGUAAUGUUUACUCUCA